AUGGGUAAACACGAGGCGUUGACCCCGAAGGCGAUCGGGAAGAAGAUCAAGUCGAAGGGUCUGCAGAAGUUGAAGUGGUUCUGUCAGAUGUGUCAGAAGCAGUGUAGGGAUGAGAAUGGCUUCAAAUGCCACUCCAUGUCUGAAUCACAUCAAAGACAACUCCUGCUGUUCGCCGACAAUCCGCACAAAUAUAUGGACGCCUUCUCGUCGGAGUUCCUCAAAGACUUCCUCCAUUUGCUGAAGACUCGGUUCAGCAGCAGAAGAGUGUUCGCUAAUCAGGUCUAUCAGGAGUACAUCAAAGACAGGAAUCACUUGCAUAUGAACGCCACGCGUUGGGUCACACUCUCGGGUCUCGUCAAAUGGAUGGGCAGGAAAGGCAUCUGUGCGGUCGACAACACCGAGAAGGGCUGGUAUAUCACGUACAUCGAUAGGGACCCCGAGAAGGUCCAGAAGCAGAAGAAUCUGUUGCGCAGACAGAGGACCGAGAAGGACUACGAGGAACGCCUACAACAGGCCAUCAGUGAGCAGAUCGAGAGGGGAAAGGCGUUGGAAAGUCACGGCACUAACGGCGAGCACAGCUCCGAUGACAACGAUCUCAAGACUAAGGAGUUUAAGAAAGAGAGCGACGACCAGAAGAUUACCUUCAGUUUAAGUGUUGCCAAAAGUGACACCCAAUCGACGGGCGAGACCUCCAGUUCCACAUCGACGGCGAUUGGCUUCAAAAUAGGCGCCAAUCAACUGAAAAGUGUGGACAAAAGUGAUACCAUCUCUGUCUGCAGUUCUAAACGAAGAUUGCAAUCAAAAGACGCGCCAAACAAGAAGUCAGCGUUGGAUCAGAUCAUUGAAGAACAGGAAAGAUUGCGCCACAAGUCAGCCAAACAUGACUAUUGGCUACUGAAGGGAAUUGUAGUGAAAAUAAUAACCGACUCUUUAGGGGAUAAGUAUUACAAGAAGAAAGGAGUGGUAGAGAAGGUUGAGGACAAAUAUACGGCU